CUUCACCAACACCAACACCCGACCAUUCCCUCCGCAACCUCCUCCUCUUCCUCUCCGUCUUCAUCAUCGCCUUCUUCCCCUCCGCCUUCCAAAUCCUCCUCAAACCCUUCCUCUACCCCCUCGAACUCCUCGGCGCCGAAUUCAGUCCCCGACCCUUCGCACUCCCAACUUGCGCCUGCUGCCCAAACACAGUCGACUGUCCCACCGCGACAACACCAACCCCAAUCUCAACCAUGGCCUGGACGCAAAAGACUUUCACCCUCCCUUCCCGCGCAAGGGGGAGCUACCUCAUCACCGACCACGUCUACUCUUCCCUCCCCGAGAUCCGCGAGUACAAAGUUGGUAUUCUGCAUCUCUUUGUCCAGCAUACGAGUUGCGCGUUGAGCUUGAAUGAGAAUUGGGACGAGGAUGUGCGAGCGGAUAUGAGCGAUGCGUUGGAUCGGAUUGCGCCGGAGGAUCGGAAGGGGGAGUUGUAUAAGCAUAGUUGUGAAGGACCGGACGAUAUGCCCGCACAUAUCAAGAGCGCGCUGGUGGGAGCGAGCGUGCAAGUGCCGAUUACGGAUGGGAAACUGGCGACGGGCACGUGGCAGGGGAUUUGGUAUUUGGAGUUUAGGGCGAGUAAGCAUACGAGGAAGGUUGUGGCUACGAUUCAGGGGGAGAAGAAGUCGUGA